AUGCGGGGCUGCCUUCGCUGUAGGGGCUGCAUCUCCAUAAAAUGCAUCGUAUCCAUCUUCUUUAUCCUCGCCGCACUUACAACGACCUUCUUCUUCACAUAUAUCGUCUUCCCCAUACGACGCGCCUACUGGCUGGAACGAUCUUAUCAAAAUGCCCUAUCCCGCGUCGAAAUGGAUGAAUUCCUCUUCUCAGGACUCGACCUGUUGGAAAAAUCCGAACGCCGUCCUCGCGGCCUCAUCCAAGACGUCCCCCAACUCUUCUACUGGGACCACCCCUUCAACCACAUCUACUCUGGCAGUCUUACGAAAUACUUGACCUACGACGACCUCCUGAGCCUCAACUUCGACGGCACCGGCGACGAACCAGGCGCCGAAUACUGGAUCUACUUCGGCGGCACAGCACCACUCACUCCCUCAGACAAAACCCAUAUCCAAAACCUCCAACAAGAAAACACCCAACUCCCCAUCCACAAACUCCACGACGUCCCCAACCCAACUAACCGCAACACCUCCACCUUCACCCACCCCUACAUCACCCACUCCUGCCUCGACGACCCCUCCGUCUGCACCACCUACAACACCGCCUUCAACGCCAUUGCCGCACGUUGGCACUCCACCCUCUCCCCCGACGACUACGACCCCUUCCUCCCCCUCGACCCCGGAUCCUCUACCUCCCCAUCCAUCACCACGCCCGCAAAACUCCGCUACGUAAACUGCGACGUAUCCCCGCUCAUGUGCUCCACCCUCUGGGGCAUCGGCGGCGACCCCACGAUGCUGCUGCACGUGAAGCAAGGCACGCAAUGCGAGGCAAUGCUGCAGGUGUACCGCUGCCCCACCACGUGGUCGUUCAUCGGGCUGCCGAUCGACAUCGCGCCGUGGACGCGGCGCGUGCGGAUUCCGCUCGACCGCGGGGGCAGCGUGGUUGUGCCGGCGUUUCCGACCGCGGAGGAGCAGUUGUGGGCGAUGGUGAGUCAGUGGGGGGCGGAGGAUGGGAUGGUGUAUGCUGGGGAGGCGGAGAGGGAGGCGGGGGAGGUCGUGAGGAAUGUGAGGGUGGAGAUUGAGCUUCCGAAGGAGAAGGAGGUGGACGACUACGGUGAGGAGGAGGAGGGUGAGGUGAGGGAGUGGCCGGAGUAUAGUGAGUUUUUGGGGAUUGUCACGUGGGGGGCUUUGAGGGAGAGGUUGGAUAAUCCGUUUAGGAGGCCGGAGUGGCCGUUUGAGUAUCGGGUUAGGUGUUAUGUGGAGAGUUGGUUGGAUGGGUGGUUGAGGUGGUGGGAUGGGGAAGAGGCGGUUGGGGUUGCGGUAAGGGGGUGUGGGGAGAUCGAUGAGGAGGCGGAGAAAGAGAAGGCGGAUCAGAUCGCGGUGCGGAAUGUCGGGCUUAGGAUGAAGAGGUGGGCGGACGGGGCGGACCAGGAUGUGGUCAGGAAGUUUUUGGGGGUGGGUGAGGAUGUGGAUUUGUGUGAUCUGGUGGAUGGUGGCAUGUAUGAUGUUGAUGAUGAAGAGUUCUUUGAUGAUGAGUAUUCAUUUGCAUUCGCAAAUGCUACGCGCCCAAGUUGGAGAGUCAGAGAUACGGAUUACCCGUAG